AUGGCUAGUCCUGUUGAACCAGGUGUCAAGGUCGGAUGGCUCAACCGACACACACCUACGAACGGGUUUUUUUCGAGCAAACAGCAAGGGUACCAUUGGAAAUUGGUUAAAUCAUGUUUGAUGAACGGACAGCUUUCUGUGUCCUCUGCGCAGUCUUUAGGCAUUCGCGCGUUCGACCCGUCUCUGGAGCCGCAAAGCACACCUGCGUGCUCGCCGCUCGUUUCUGGGGUGGCCAGUUUACAUAUUGACCAUCCCUCGAACCCAUUGCAUGAAAUACAGGACGUGAGUUUGUCGCACAAGAGCGCUGAACCUCACCCAGAGCUUGUCCUCGAUCCGGACACCCAUGAGGUCGUGGACGGGUCCUGUGAGGCUCUUUGCCACUAUGUGCUGUUUUCGACUGCCGAUCACGAAACACUGGCUGCUAUUAUUAUAACUUUGCCUUUUUAUGGCACGCUUUCGUCCAACUUAGCUAUUCUCAAGGAGUACUGCGACCUGGUGGCUUCGCGACAGCUCGGUGACCCCAACUCCGCACUGCCGUCACGCGUCCAGCUCAUCAUCCACACCCUAAUCGAUGCUACACCAGGUGUUGUUUUAAACCAAUCCAGCCACCUCGGUCUGCAGCAGCUUGCAACUUCUCUUGGGACCGUCGAUGAGCACACGUCUACCGCGCUCAAAUUGGAAAUUUACAAAUGCCACGAAUCUCUCACAAAUUUGCUCAAAGGGCCUCAGCAAACGGCGUUUGGUGGUAGUCUCAACACCCAUAUUCUCGAACGAGUCCAGCAGCUGCAAUCCUUGCCUGACCUUGUCAUCCCCCCAGAGCUAUUCCUUGACCCGGAAUUUAUCGAUGCUUUGGCCUAUCAAACAGCCCAUUAUCACAGAUUCCUAUGGCAGCAGUGGUCACCAUUAGUUGAUGUCUCUCUUAUUUUCCAUCGCUCACAUGAUCCAAACGCUGCAUGGCAGUACAAUGCGCUGAUGUUCGACUUGACAACUCCGCACUUUUUGGGGCGGAUUUUACUCAAUCACAUCAUCAAUUCAAAACUUCAAGCUUCCCAGAGAGGUUCACUUAUACAGCAAUGGAUUCUACUUGGUGAAAAACUUCAUGAACUCGGGGAUAUUGUUGGCUGGGUAGCUAUCGUUACCACUAUGUGUCGCACACCGAUAUUACGCCUCAAAGAUACAUGGGCCUAUGUUGACCCUGUAUUAAGAGCAAAAGUUAGCAAUGAUUGGGCGUUUGAAGCGUUUGAGCUCGACAAACGCUCCAAAAUGGACUUGUUGUCAAAAACAACCUUCAGAGCUUCAACAGAUGAUAUGGGCGAAUCAUAUCCAAAUUCGCGGUGUGUACCGUACUUUGGUGAUAUUAUUGUAUCUAUUGUUGGGAAAACGGAUUUCCAGCAGGUACGACAGAUUAUCGAGCGAGCUAGUGGCGUAGUGGAUGGCUGGCAUUUCUACUUUGACAACGCCCCAGAUAUGGAGAACCCUCCUCCUGAUGUACCAGUUGAGCCAAUAUUUCAACAACUUCUGAGUCGUUGGGCAAAUCUAUCCUCUACUUCUCCGGACCUUUUGUUAUCUUUAGAGGCCGCUUCCCUCUCUCUUGAACCAAAACCUCUCGGUCAUUAUCUCAACUAUCACUACAAUCAGACAUUGCCACUUUUUAAUGGUAGCUUUUUACCGGUCAUGUUCACUGAGGUGUGCCCUAGUUUCAAGCUUUUUUCACGAACAUCACUCAUGACUGCAGCUUCUACCUACUGCAGAUCUUUGAGUCAGAACUCGUCGUUCUUACGCUCCCCAAAUCCCGGUACUACCACUGAGCUCCGGACUGGUGUGCGCAGUAACAUCUCUAGCCCGAACUCGAUGAGACGGCCUCUACCUACUCGUUCUAACUCUUUCCCCCCUCCCACAACCGGAAACAGAGAGCUUGAGUUGGGUACUCGAGAAUAUAUGAUGGAGAACCAAUCUGGGCACGUCCUGGUCAAGAGCAUUCGUGAUCUAUUGAAUAUGGGAAUAAAAACGCACGCAGUCGACAGUAAUCUGGUCUUCAAGUCUUUUGAGGAGGACCUACAAGGCUCUCGAACCUCAUCAAUUAUUGAGAAUCUCGGCCGCCGCAGUAUGAUGUUUGACAGUAAUAGACUCUCAAUUCAAAGUUUGGAGCUUGCUCGCUUGUCACAGGAACAAAGCACUCGGCCAUUAAAUAUUGUGGUGAAAGCUGCUUCCUUGCCUCGUCUUGUGGAUGUACUCGUACUAGGAACUACAGAGUUUACACCUCCUGGUAGCAGCUUUUCUUUCAAAAUGGAUCUGCCAUUGCAUACGGAAACUUUCUUUGCUACUUUCAGAAGUUUCUGUUCUCCCCUUGAGCUAUUGUCAAUGAUCCGAACGCGCUUCCAAGCUGCCUCAGGUGCGGCAAUGUCGAUCCUGAAUAGGUCCAAUGAUCCCAAUGAGUCUUUCCCGCAAUGGAAGGUAUAUCCUGACGAUGUUUUACAAAACCCUCAGGUUGUUGGUAUAAUGUCUCAAAUUUACACGAACAUUCUUGAAGCAAUUCAAUUCUGGGAGUCAAAACACUUUGUUGAUUUCGCUGCCGAUAGUAUGCUUAGGAACAACACGACUGUUCUUUUAAGUGAUAUAUUGAAUCGCACCAGCGAACCUGUGUUCUCAGAUGGCUUGCAGGAUCUCGCCAGACGGGUGUACGCUUAUUUCACGAAGCAAUGCUUCCAGAUCACUUCCCCACUGCCUCAACUUAGAGCAAUUCCAAAGCCCGUAGGCCGUCACUUGGUACCCCUCAUGGGUGGGCAGCAAUUGCAGCUUUCUAAUGAUAGUCUUGUCCCUCUCGAAAAGUACCUAGAGGAUUUGGAUGUACUGGUUGCUGAUGUAGUGAGCAGAGUUACCAUGCAAGACUGGAUGCAACUUUUCGAGGCCUUAGAGCUGCAGGUUUCGGAUACUACCGCGCUCUUCAAUUAUUCGUGGUCUUCGAAUACGAAUGAAGAAACUCUUCCCGUCGGUAAUAUUUACACCUAUCUGUCAACUUUGUACCGGACGUCUCCUGACCACUCAUUUGUCAAAACGCUUCCCCCUGCCGUUCAAGAGCUUAUCAAGUUGCAUCAUAGUAUGGCUGAUUAUUUCUGCCACCAGGUGAGUGACCCGUUGCUUCAUCUGACAGGCCAAGAUCGUGUCCAGCGUAUGACUGCCAUCUUGAAGAUGCUUGGGAUUCUCCGGACUCGUAUGCGAUUUUUGGAUAUGUUCCCUGAAGCCAAAAACGAUGGUAUUUCAAGAGUUCCUUCAUUUUUAGAAACCGCCAUCAUCGAUGGCAUUCUUCGUCCGGAGUCGCGAAUGUACAAUAUUGCUUGGCUUAAUGCAGGAGCUAGGGUGGCUACCGACUGCGACGGGUUUGAUCCCCAGAUUGACGAUCUUCCCAAUGCGUGUACUUUGUUUAUUCCUGUCAUUCCAAUUGAGAGGCUUUCUAGCAAAACUGAUCAUAUUGAGCCCAUUACGCCGUGUGUGGGUUGGAUCAUUGAACGUCUAUUGGAAAUCGUUUGCUAUAUUCCCAAUAUGGCUGUAGACACUCCUGAGCUCAUCAACUUCGACAAGCGUCGAUAUGCAUUCAAUUUGGUGAAGAACCUGCGAAGUGAGAUCCUUUUUGGUAGCGAUUUCAAUGACGAGCUACUCGCCAAGUUAUACACACAGUACGACUUUAUUGUGAACCCUGAUACACGUCUCUACCAAUGGGACCGCAAGGCAAUCAAGGAAGCUGCAAAUCGUGAGACAGUAGGUGUGAGCAAGACAAUGCUAAAGCAGCGUGUUUUCACUACGUACAUCAGUUCUGAGCAGGCGAAAAUUAAGGCUGAACAGCGGCAAUACGACGUGUUUGUGGAAACUCAAGCUGCAAUGCCCCGCUCUACUUCUGCUUAUGCCCUUCGUGAGCGGAGACACUCUCGCAUUGCACGCCCCCUAUCUACGAUUAACUCGGGAACGCCCGGAAACCCCCCUACGAAUUCAGCUGGGUCCACGCACUCAUCCGGAUCAUCCUCAAGAGCUUCUCGCUCUUCACGACUAGGGGGCUUUUUGCGCGCGGUGCGACCGUUAUCUAUGGCAUUUUCGUCAUCUACUGGAACAAUAUCUCCGUCAAAUAGUGGGACUCCGACUUUGUCUCAAAGUGCCACUAGCGGUUCUCUGAAUUUCGUGCCAGCAAAUACUCUGCCGGAUAUCUCCACCAUUGAAGGGUCUCAGUUGAAGCAGGUUCUUACGUUGGAUAUGGCCGACUGGGUUCCAAAAGGGCCAGGACGCGAGCAUACCAUCAGGUUGGUUGCGGCGAACGGAUCAUCGGCUGAGCACAUAUUCCAAGCCCUCAACGAACGGGAUGCCCAGCACUGGGUUGUCGAACUUGAAAAGAGUCACAGGGCGUCUUUGGCACAUCGCAUGUCGCAACCGGGAUCUUCGCAAGUAUUUGGUGUUCCACUGGAUAUCUUAGCUGCCCGCGAAAAGCGUAAUGUUCCUCUGGUUGUCGAAAAGUUGCUGUCGCAUAUUGAAAAAUAUGGGCUUGAAGAUGUUGGGCUAUACCGUAUUUCUGGUUCUGUUGGUGCCAUAAACAGCCUCAAGCAGGCCUUUGACAGAGGUGACGACGUUUCGGAAGACGAUGAGCGGAUGGCCGACGUCAAUGCAGUGGCCGGAUGCGUCAAGCUCUAUCUGCGUGAGUUGCCUGAAUCGCUCUUGACUCAGGCUCUAUUUGGCCAAUUCAUCUGGUGUGGGUCAGUCUCGCCGGAGUCUUCGAGAGUCGACACCCUCAGGAAGGUGAUUCAGCAGCUGCCUGCGCCGAACUAUGCUGUCCUGCGCCGGCUGAUGAGACACCUUGCUAAGGUCGUCGAGCACGAGGAGCUCAACCGGAUGUCUGUUCCUAAUCUUGCUAUUGUUUUCAGCAUGAACUUCCUGCCGCCUACAGAGGUAGAUGGCAUGAAGGCGAUGCAGAGUAUCGUAAAGACGAUGAUCCAGAAUGAGCGGGAACUCUUUGAUUCUUGA